AUGAAACUCGGUCAUCCAAUUAUAUCAGUGACUGACAAUAUUGAAUCGGACACAUUCGAUAAUGACUUUAUUAGAUUAAACCUAAAUAAACCCAAGCUUUGGAAUUGGAAAUUAACAACAUCUAAGAGUUCACCAAAUAUUAUAUUUCCAAGAAUUCAGUUAGUGGAUUCUGAGGGCACAAUUCUAGCUGAUGCGAAUGAGGCAGGGUGUGUUUUCGAUGGAAGGAAUAGUUCCAGAAAUUCGAGUUAUAAAUCUAAUAAAAGCAGCAAAUCAACCAAGAAAGUUAACGAAUUAACAGCAGAUAGUAUUGAGAGUAGUCGAAAACACUCCAAAAACUCGAGCUACAAAUCCAACAGUAGUGUGAAAUCCUCGGCAAAAACAAACGAUUUAAAAGUUGAAAGCACUUACGUAGCCAAAGAAAACUCACUUCCGCGUAAAAAACCGUCCCAAAAGAUCAAAAGGGAACGAAGUGAUGCAAGCAUUAAUAACAGACACAGCUUUCGUGAUGCUUCUUCCAGCGAGUCCAGCGGCGCCGAAGACUUCACUUUGUACGAGGAAAAUGGAUUCGCGCGAAAGCCGAAAUACAUUUAUCGAACCUGCAGUGCGGGAACUUUGAUCGUUUGCGAAGAAAGUUUUUAUAAGUACAAAAGGCGAAGGCCCAAAGGCAGAAAGUACAAAGAUCGCCAAGUGAAGGAAGUUACGGAAGAGGAACUGAUAAAGCUGGAAAAAUUAUUCCAAAAGAUUUAUCUAGAAGUAAAAGCGCCAGUAACAAUCGCAACUAAUAAUUUAGCCACAUCUUACUCUGCACAUGGCACAAUACCCGAAAACGACGAAGUGCACCAUUACCGUAGAAGUUCUAGCGUUUACGAAAGAGAAAAGGUUCCGUUUCAAUAUCAGGAAAAUAGCAUAAGGAAGUCUGCUAGUUCUGGUUGCUGCCAACGAAAUGCUUCCGACAGGUUGACACAGACACGACAGGGUUCAAAUGAUACGGUCAGCGAUGAAGACGAGGAGAAUUCGCCAAGAGGCAAGAGGAGGCAGCUGAGGAGAAAGAUCGUCCGGAAAAAUACAGGGUGCACUAGUGGAUCAGACACCAGGGCCGACAGACAGAUGAAGGAGCGGAUGAUCAGACAAGCAGACGGUGGGAAGACAGAUAAACGAACGAAAGUUCUGGCGGAAGGACGAAUAAAUAAACUGUCGAGCUAA